AUGGUAGAUACAAAAGUAUUUUUCCUUUUCUCUCUGUACGACUAUGACAGAAGUGGGCAGAUGGAUGGCCUUGAACUGAUGCAACUACUGACAGAUUUUCUGACUUGCCAAGAAAUGUCACCAAAGUCUUCAGAUUCUGUUGUAUCUUUAGUGGAUUAUCUGCUACAAACUCAAGAUCUGAACCAGGAUGGACUACUGGCUCCUUCAGAGCUGUUAUCCACGCUAGACCAUCAGCAAGAAAACAAAAUUGUUCCCCCGGAUCCACCUGCUGAGGAAGCCUUAAAUCAGGAACAAACACCUACAAAAUCAGAGAACAGAGUUUCUGAAACUCACCAACAAGAUGUAGAGGUCAACCAACAGUCUGAACAUGAAAAUGGGACACAAGACUCCACUAAAGAAAACAUGGAGGCUGAGAAAUCACAACCAGAUACCUGAAAAGCUUGAAGAACAUCAGGACCAACUGCAGCCUCCUGUAGAGCAGAAGCUGCAAGAUGAUCAUCAGGAACCGAAGAAAAUACCAGUCCAUCAAGAGUAACCAGAGAUAUACCAAAUUAAGCAUGACGUGCAACUUUAGAGACUUGUACAAAUCAGCCAUACAUUGGAAAACACUUACCUGCUGCAUAAACUGUACGACUGAUGCAUAAUUUAAUUCUGGAUAUACUAAAAGUUAU